UGACAAUGAUUACAAAUCACCUAAAUAUGAAGAAAAUCCUUUUCGUAUUGGCCCUAUUUAUUGCUCUCAGCUACGCUGAUGGAGAAUGUGCAGUCAUAAAAUGCGGCAACAUUAAGAAAGAUGGAGACACUCACUUCUGCGCACAGAGAAUUGACGGAACAGAAGGCAACCCUACUUCAUUGAGGGCCAUGAAGUGUCCUUCCGGUCAGUUCUGCCAAGCAGGUGCUUGGCCUGAUCCAAUGAGUGCUAUGGCAUAUUACGAUACUUUGGUUUGUGGAGAUUUAAGUCCUAACGGCUUCCCCCAAGAGUUUACUCCUGUUGCUGGGGUAGGCUUAGAUGGAGACUAUUGUAUUUCCGUUGCUGAUUGCUUUACGUCUACUGAGAAUGCAGCUAUUUGCCAAACUAAUGUUUGCAGAGCCUCAACUAUGAGUGGAUCUGCAUGUGCUGGAGACUCAAGAAAUUGCCCAAUCGGCCACUUUUGUAGCAAUGAUAAUGUAUGCGCUCCAUUAUUGAAAAGAGGAGAAUUUUGCUCUGAAGAUUCACAAUGUGAAAGAAAUCAUGACUGUAUCAAAACUGAAAAAGAUAACAAUUUUGUAUGCACUGCUUAUGGAAGUUUAAAAAAUGGAGAUUUGUUCCAAAGGAGUCCAAGUCAUAACGAUGUAACUCCAAUGGGAUUCCUGAAAGAAGCUAGACAGAACGGUAAUUCUGUUGGAGAGGUUCCCGUAUAUGUUUCCAAUGUAUGCAAAACAACAGGAGAAGUAACUGUCGCUUACUAUCAACAAUGCAGAUAUCAUAUGAGAAAUAAAGACCAAACCUACAUGAAAAAAAAUAUAAUGGAAAACUGCGUAGUUUUUGGGUUCUCAGAUGAGAAUCCUGACAAUUAUAAUCAGCCAAUAUUUGAUGAAACGGUUCCUCUUUGUGGGUUUAACAAAAAUAGUAAACCUAUCUGUCCUCUAUUCCUCGGAGAUGACUACAUCCAAAAGCUUCUAAGUAAAUUACAAGGCUUGUUUAGCAAAAUGAACUGUCACAGACUCUCAGGUGUUACCAAUUUUGGUGGUGGGUCUGUCUGUAAUGACUUCUACAAGAUUGGAGACACCAAGGGUGCCUUCAAUCUUUUCAGACUUAGCCAGGUUCUCGAUUCCCAAACAUGGGCGAACACUGCUAAUAAUGCUAGGUGCGUAGCCAAGACCGUCACCUACAGAAACUGGUUCGGAUUUGAGAAAUAUUUCCUUGAAGAAGGAGAAGAAGAAAACCAGGAGUCCCAAUAACUUCUAAUAUGAUGGAAUUAAAGCUUCAAUUGGGUCAAGGUUA